CGAUCUCUCUCCUCUCCGCUCAACUUGUCGCCCGAAAAGAUCAAAAGGAGGACGAGAGAGCGAUCGGAACUUGAAGUGAACCUCCCAAAGAUGGAAGGCCGAAAUCUUGUCGCUGCCAAAAGAACUGGAAAUGGUGUGAUUUCUUUUCUGCUCUUGCUAUUUCUCUAUUAGAUUCUUGUUGUAUUUCUGGUUUUUCUUUGUAGUAAACGGCAGCAGACGUGAUUGAGUCAGUGUUCAAGUGUCCCAAUCCUGUUCCUGCUCUAGAAUCGGAAAGAGCUUCACUUUUUCUCCUCAUUAGUUGCCCAAGCAUUUGAUGCUUUGUAGAUUUAGUCUUCUGAGAGUAAUCAGAUGAAGACUUGAAUUUGGUGAGGAACCUUCUCAUGACUGAUAGAUUUGAUAUCUUUUUGUCCUAAAGGAUCUAGGAGACAGAGCUGAUGAUCCAUAGAAGAGCUCGGUUGGAGAUCAAAGAACAGAUCUUUGUGUUCGUGGGAUCUAAGAUUGAUCCGACAAGGCAAGAACUGGGGGAAUCUGGUUCAGCUCCUGCAUCCACUUUGAGCUCCUCGAUUGGCUUGGGUCAUUCUUCUGCUUUAUCUUCUCGGCAAUGGGAACAGAUCAGCAGGAAGUGAAGUCGCACAUGUGCAAGGUCUGUGGGAGGAGCUUCCCCUGUGGAAGGUCAUUGGGUGGGCAUAUGCGAUCCCACAUGUCCUUGAUUUCCCCCCUUCAAGAGGUGGGCGAGAAGCCACAGAGCAGGAAAGGCUUAAUUGCAGCUGGAACCGGUUACGGUCUAAGGGAGAAUCCCAAGAGGACUUGGAGGAUCUCCGAGAGAGGCGGCGAGACGCUUGAUACCGGCUGCAACAAGUGUGGGAAGGGCCAUUGUGAUGGUUCUCACAGCAGAGCAGCGCAGGAGGAGGUGGAAGAUAUGGAGCAGCAAGAUCAGGGAGUAGACGAGAGGGAUGGCUUCUCCGAGACCCAAUCCUAUGGUGAGGUGACGGUGCUCCGGAAGAGGAGGAGAUCGAGAAGAGUGACGUCGAUCCCAUGUUGGAGUUCUUCGCCACACGAGUUCGACAAAGAGCAGGAGGACGUAGCACUGAGCCUUGUGAUGCUGUCGAAGGGCGUCGGGUCCUUCUGCAGUGUCAGCUCCGCCGAAGACUCCUUCGAUAGGAACCUGGUUGUCGAUUCAGCGUGCCAAGGCAUGGAUGGACAGGAAGAAGAACUGAUUACUUCAAGAAAUGUGUAUGAGAGGAGUGAGCUAAAGAAGUUGGAAUCCGAUGCAUCCGAUGCCGGAUUUGCUGAAGAUGAUGAUCUCAAGAUGCCAAAGUCCUAUGACAGUGAUGACUUCGAUGAAGCAUCGACGACUUGUUUCAAGAAGAAGAGCUUGAACUGCAAUGCAGAUCGACUCGAUGCUUAUGAUGCCAAAUCAAGCACAAAACCUGUAGACAUUGAUUUCCACAAGCCCCCGAAGCAGAAAAAUCGAUACAAAUGUCUUAUUUGUAACAAGUCAUUCCAUUCUUACCAAGCCUUCGGAGGUCAUCGUUCGAGCCACAUGAGAAUGAAAGCCUCCAUCGAAGCAGGGACGGAUGGCAGCAGCACCUGCAAGAACAGCAUCGAGAGCAAUGCAUACACAGCAACAAAACAGACCGAUGAAGAUUCCGGUCGGCGUGCUGGCACUGGAACCGGCUCUGAGGCAUCCAAGAAGGUCAAGGAAUACAACUGUCCGAUUUGUUGCAAGGUUUUCUCAUCUGGCCAAGCUUUGGGUGGUCACAAAAGAUCUCAUUUUCUGCCGAACUCCAAUUAUGAGGGGUCUUCUGCAUGUCAACAGGCCAUGGUGAUCCAACAGCACCCUUCUGUGAUGCCUGAUAUGCUUGAUCUCAAUGUGCCAGCUUCGGUUGAUGAGGAUCCUAAAUUGAUCACAGAUAACAUUGAGGCAUGGUGGGUCAAAAGCGGUGCAGAACAUGAGCCAUUAGUAAGUCUGAUCUCAAAUUGAGAUGCAGGGUGUACAGAUUCAUCGAAUAACUUACCGCGGAUUUGUUUGAUUCGUUUCUUCUGAUUCAAUGGCAAAGUCACACCUACUUGCCUUUAUCUUUUAGAAUUGUAGUUUCCAAAUCUGCUCCUCAAUGAAGAGUUCUACACCUUUCAUUAGUACAAAUUUCCCUAAAAAUAAGAGAAAAAAGAAGCCAGUAUGAGGAAUACUUGCCUUCGAGGUUGCGAUUGCCGUGGCAGAUUAGCUGGGAAAAAAGAUCAUUCUGAAGUAGAUUGUAUAAUCAGGCAUAAGCAUUUUCUAUCACAGGAAAAGAAAGAAGAAGAGGAAGCAAUUGCAAUGGAGUAGCUGAUCAAAGUGCCAAAAGAGCCCAGCUCUUCAUAAUCAAGUUUACUGACAAGGCAUCAGUUCAGCAUUCAUAUUCUUCCCAUUUGGUAUUGAGCAUGUCAGUGUUUCUUGGAGUGUCUCAUUAAAACUUAUGAGGCCAAACACAAUAUAUUGGAUGAUGGAAAUGUUAGUAAACAAAUUUGUUUCUUUUCUGAAAUCUGAAUGCUUGAUUUUAG